AUGGGACCAUGGUCCCAGCUUUCGUGGAGCUUUGUGCUCUUAUCUACGUUCAUUACCCCGUCUCUUGGAGGAGUCAUCACAGCAAGACCUGGUAGUCCCAGCGUAGUUGCAGUCCCGGAAACGCCUGGAGAAUGCCGCGCCCUUGUCUCACCCUUUGACUACUCCGCUAAGAACCGUCCUGAUCAUGAGCUGCCAGUCUGCAGUGCUGACAGCUCCGGUAUUGUUACUGCUCGCGACAAUGGUGUCGUUGAUGCUGACGGACGCGAAAUCGUCCCUGCGUCACUGGACACUGGCGUAUCCCUGGUAGGGCACACCGAGUUGUCCUUUCUCUUUGGAAGACAGGUAGUCGAUGGCGGCGAUUAUAGCUGCGGUCCCGACCGCCCUUGCAAGAACAAGGCCUGCUGUCCCAAAAAGACUGGCCAGUGCAACUACGGCGAGGAAGCCUGUGGCACAUCUGGAAUCUCUCCCAACGAAGUGUGCUGGUCCAACUGCGAUGCCAAGGCAGAGUGCGGCAAGAACGCGGCUGUCCCCGGCCAGAAGUGUCCUUUGAACGUCUGCUGUGGCAAGUGGGGAUUUUGUGGAAUGACAGAAGACUUUUGCGACAAGGAGGACCAUGGAGCCACUGGCGGAUGUCAGUCUAACUGCGAUCAGCCAGGCCCCAAGGACAAGGCCUCCGACCAGCUCAACCGUGUCAUUGGAUACUACGAGGCAUGGAGACACGACUCCAAAUGUCAGGAUAUGGGCUUGAACGACAUCCCCGUUAACUCCCUGACUCAUCUGUAUUUUUCUUUUGCCUUUAUCAUGCCGGACUUGCAAAUCGUCGGCAUGGAUAACCUUCCAGAUAGAUUGUUUACCGACUUUACGAACCUGAAAAAGAAAAAUCCUGCCCUCAAGAUGGUUAUCGCCAUCGGUGGAUGGACACACAAUGAUCCGGGUCCAUUGCAGAAAGUGUUCAGCGACAUGGUCAGCACCAAAGCAAACCGAUCCAAGUUCAUCGGCAACCUCAUGUCGUUCCUUCGCAUGUACGCCUUUGACGGUGUCGACUUUGACUGGGAGUAUCCUGGUGCAGACGAUCGCGGUGGUGUCCCCGAGGACGGCGAGAACUUUACCCAAUUCCUCAAGGAGCUUGACGAGGAGAACAAUAAGCAGCCUGUCAAGUAUAUUGUAUCCUACACAGCGCCGACGAGCUUCUGGUAUUUGCGCCAUUUUGACCUCAAGUCGAUCGAGUAUACCGACUUUGUCAAUGUCAUGUCGUAUGAUCUUCACGGCGUCUGGGAUGCUUUGAACCCGAUUGGAUCUCACAUCUACGGCCAUACCAACUUGACAGAGAUGAGUCUCGCGUUCGACCUCUUCUGGAGAAACAACGUCCCGGCCAAAAAAUUGAACAUGGGUCUCGGUUUCUAUGGUCGUGCGUUCCAGCUGGCUGAUCCAUCUUGUAAUAAACCUGGUUGUCUCUUCAAGGGAGGCGCCACAAAAGGUGCGUGCAGUGGUGAGUCUGGCAUCCUAAGCUACCGCGAAAUCAUGGAAGUUAUCAAAGUCAACAAGAUCAAGCCCGUCCACGACAAGGAGGCUGGUGUCAAGUACAUUACCUGGAACACUGACCAGUGGGUGUCAUUUGACGACAAGGAGACAUUCAAGCAGAAAAAGGACCUCGCAGCCAAGCUCGGCCUCGGAGGCUUUCUGAUCUGGGCCAUCGACCAGGACGACGCCGAGAUGUCAGCCCUUUCUGCUGUUCUGGACCCCAAGCCCUUGGGCGACUUCAGGUCGAUCGACAAGGGUGACGAGAAUUGGACGGGCACUAACGAGAUGUGCUACAUUACGAGCUGCGGCGUUGAAGACUGUCCGGCGGGCGAGAUCAAGAUCACUGAUCAGAAGUGCGGCAAGAACCAGAAGAGCACUCUCUGCUGUCCCUUGUCAGGUGCCCCUGACCCAAAGUCGUGCACAUGGCGUGGAGGCGAAACUAAGUUCUGCAACGGCUACUGCAAGGACGACGAGGUCAUGACGCACAUGAGCAAGUACGGCGGCGGUCACGACUGCUGGGAUGGCCAAAUGGCGCACUGCUGCGAGAGUUCCCUAGGCGAGAAGAACAUCUGCAAGUGGCGCGGCGUUGGCGAAUCGUGCCACAGCGGCGAGCUGCCCCUCACCUUCUCCGGGACUGUACUCGACAUCCUAGACGACAUAGCUAAAGUUAUCUUGAGGGUUCUCGGUCGCGCACACCCGCUCGCAGCCCUUACGGGUCUGGUUUUGCUUGAGGUCCUCGAUGAGUUGGAUAUCGACACCCAGAAGCUAUAUUGCUGCCCUGAAAAAGAGAUUGCAAAGUGGAAGAACUGCGCCUGGUAUGGCAAGCCCGGAAACUGCUUCGACGGCCACUGCCCGGAUAUGAAGACGGUACAAAUUACCGACUCGUACUUUGGUGGUAGUGAAACUUGCGGAAUUCACCUGUCCCGUGUCCGUACCUUCUGCUGCGAGUCGGACGGCGAGCCUCUUUUCCUGCCCGUGGAUCUCAAGAACCUGUUUGAGCACCCCCCUGAGGGCGGUUCUGAUACGGACUUCACCCUAGAGACGGAUAAGACGUCAGAUGGCGGCGACGAUGAUCCCAACGAUGCUGCAUUCCAGUUUGUGGUCCUCGUCUCGCCCGAGGCGCUCCAAAUUUCUCUCGACAAGCGCGACGGGUCUCAUUGGGACGUCUUCGAUUGUAAUGACUCGGUCUCUGAGGGCGAGCAGACAGUCCGCAUCGUCUGCAAUGACCACACCCCUGACAGCAACUGCCACAAGAUUGGACUCGGCCAUGGCGUCCCAGGAACGAUUCUCCAGAUGCCCAAGGGCUGUGGUCCAGGCAAGUAUGCCGUAGCCAAGUCCAUGGUACCGGCCCCUGGCAGUGACCAUACCAAGCUCCUGCCCCGUCAGCUGUCACAUCUUGCCAGUCUCCAGCCUGUUGUAUACGACUUGACUUUUGACUACGAUUUCCACCGCGUGCCGCGCGACCUUGGCAACACCCAGAUGCGCAUAGACUACAGCAAUCAAGACGACUACUGGAAGAACAUCGUCGCAGGUUCCGUCAGUCGGAAGCGAGACGUUCAUGGUCGCAAAAGGUUCGCCAAGCGCACACUCCAAGAUGUUGGUGGUAACCCCGUGCGCUGGCUUGAGGAAGAGUUCCGCGACGACUUUCACUUCGAUCAGAUUGCUUCGCGGGACCUGCACGAGCGGUGGUUCGGUAAGAGCAUCCUUGAGUGGCUGGCGGCUCUCGUGAAACCCGAGAUUAAGCGCGAUUUCACGCACAAGUACGACGACAGUGUCACGGCAAAGUUGUUUGACGAGACGUGGGACUGUCCAGGGUCGGUAGAGGGCGUCAACUACGACGGCCACCUCCUUGGCCAGGCCGUUCUUGACAUCGAGGUCGAGUCCAGCUUCGGUUUUACCCUCAUUGUCGAAAGUCUUACCCUGCCCCUCAACCUCGACCAGAGUUACCUGACAUUCUACAACAAGGGCAAGGUCACUGGCGUUGUUACCCUUGAGGCCCUUGCCCGCGUAACAUACGAGAAGAAGAAGGUCAUUCUCAACCUGCCUUUCCCCGGUGCCUCAUUCAAGAUUCCAGGAAUUGCCACGAUAGGGCCCCAGCUCACUGUUGAGGGUAGUAUCGAUGCCUCCCUCGGCAUGGCAGGCUUGAUCGAGACCAAGCUUGAAAUUGCCAAGUGGGAAGUUCGCCAAGUUAUGCCCGACACCAAUUCUUACAAGCCCGAGCUCAUCGACAACAGCAAGCCAAGUCUCGAUCGGACGGGUGACUUCUCAGGUAUCCAGAAGCCCGAAUUCUACGCAGGCGUGACAGCCUCGGGAGAUAUCACCUUCAAGCUGUCGGCCGCUGCCGAGUUUGGCGUUCGCUUCGUCGACAAGUGGGAGGUUGAUCCGGCCGCCGCCGCAGUCGUGGGCGAGGUCAGCCUUACGACCAAGUUCGCAGCCGGCAUAUCGACUACAGGAACGUGCCCCUUUACAUACGGUCUCGAUGUCGGCGCUCGUUUGUACGCGAGAGCAACAGCGCCCAAGAUGUUUGGCUGGGCUGGCGGUGAGGUUGACCUGACGGACAAGUGGACAAAGACCAUCAUCGAGGGCGGCACCUGUCCCGACCUAGGUCCGAUACCUUCCAGAAGAAGGCGCCGAGGUCUUGACUAUCUGCUCGACGAGGGUCGCGCUGAAGACAAAGACGUGACCAGGAACAGGUCUAGGUUUGGAGCCGCCGAGACCAGCCCCAUACACAGCUCCGAUACCAGCCUGCAUACAGAGCUUACUUCCGGCGGACACAUGUCAGUCCUGGCUAAGAGAGGUGCUGUCUACGGUCCAGCUUUCAGUCUCCCCGUCGGCGAAUUCUUCUGCCCUGCUCAAGAUAGUGAAGGAAGCAGCACGUGCCAGGAAGCAUACAAUGCCCUAGCAAAGAGCAACGAGGGAGGUGUCUGGAGUGAUGCAGCCAAGCGCAAGAGGGAGGAGCUGACGCCGACGUCUACUAUUGAUGAAAACGCCAUCGCCGCUCAUUUCCAUGCUCAUCAGCAGCGAAGGCAUAGCCAUAGCAGCCACUUGCAAGCCGAGGUACUGGAUAUGCUUGAAAAGAGAGACUCGGGUAAGCUGGUCAAAGCCUGUGCCCGAACUUGCGACAUCUCGGACGACUUUCCCCCGGGCGGACAGCUGAACGGCCAGGAUUGGGGCUGGGUAGAUCCUGAGGACUGCGGCAACUUUCUUUUUGGCAGCCCUCUGCAGGCACGCGCCCCCAACGUUCAAUACCACACGGAGCACGUUCUCGAGGCCCAGAUGAUUGACCUGUUCUUUGAACACCUCAGGACUACCAAAGCUAGCGUGCCGGACCCAGACCUAACUGCGCCCGCGGGAUCACAAAUUGGCUUCUGUGAAUAUGUCGACUUGUUAUGGGACGUGCCCGCCUUCGUGUGGCCCGGAAAGGACACGCACGGCGGCGUUGGCACGCCUUGGAACCCCAUUAUGCACGUCGCGGCGCAGUUCCCGACAAAGACGUUCAAAAGAAGCGAGUUUGUUGCCCUCGAGUCCGCCAUUAACACGCCUUCCAAGACGAGUCCCUGGAGGAUGGGAGACCCGUGGAGAACUAAAUCAUGGACCAAGGACAUUCCUGACUACGCUAAGGCCAAGGAAGCUUUCCACAAGAUGCGUGCCACACUGGGCUCUCGCAUCUACCAGAACCACCAGACGAUUAGGACAACUAUGAAAACUCAGACGGAUCGGAUCGGCGAUGUGCUCGACGCCCUUGACACAACCCUGCUGGCCAACAAUCCUAAACCUGGAUACCGGCCAUGGACGAAGCAGAAUCUCAAGACUGCGUGGCACAGUUUCAUGAAGGCCAGAUACACAUCCAUGCAGGCCAAAACCAAUAAGCUCAUUAAUGACUGGCUUCCCGUGAUGAAAGCUGUGUAUGUCACACAGGCUGAGAAGGACAAGUGGAAGGAUGUCGCGGGUGAUUCGACGGCGGUAUUAGCUACGAAAAAGGAACGUCGAGCUUUCAUAAAGGCUAUUGAAGACUUUGAAGCGGGCUGGAAUGGACUGCCCGGGUGGACCAAUCCACUCUAGAGGUAAGAGGUAUUGCAAGAAUAGUAGCGUUGUUAUCAUUCUAGUUCUCAAGCAUAGCCAAGCCCUGAAUUGGAUCCUGUUGUGACCUGCAGACGCUCACUGUCGAAAAUUUGUUCGGCAAGACAAUGGCCAAGAUGGCACAUGUAGACAAACAAACAAAUAACGGUCUAGUUUGCGGUGUGAAACGAAAUUUUAUUUAUGCUAGUUCAGAUCAUUUCAGACUUUCC